AUGGCCGGUCCAGGCAUGGACAGGCUGGUGGAUAAGGCCACGCCGCCUCUCCCGCGCAACGCUGGCGCGGCGUCCUCGCAGGACACCCGCAAGCGCAAGCGUGAGGAACGGUGCUCUGCGGUGCCGCACGAGCCCGGCGCCACUGGAAAGGGGAAGGGCGGCAAAGGCAACGGAAAGGGCAAGAACAAAGGCGGCGUCGACGCUGUUUUGAAGGCCAUGGGUGGCGUCGUCGACGUGAUCGAUUUGAAGGUCGACCCGGUGGAGUGCGACAUUCUGGAGGAUGCGGUCUGGGACGGCGUCGCCGGCAGGAUUUCGAGUGGCAUCUACGACGCGUGCCUUAUCGCUGCGCCGAGCUCUACCUUUCGGGUGGCUCGCGGCGGUCAGGGCGGCGACCGCUGUCGUGAUCCACCAGCGUUACGGGGCGAACUCCCUCCAGACAUCUACGGACUUCCUGGUCUGAGUCCGCGUGACAAGGAGAUUGUUCGGAAGGGCACGUUGUUGGCAUUACGCUCCAGACAGGCAGCACGGGCGUUCUGCGACCUAGGUCGGCCCUGGGCGUGGGAAGCGCCAGCGGUGGAGACGGGUUGCCCUUCGAUCUUCAUGCUUCCGGAAGUGCUGGAGCUGGACUCUGUGUCUGGCGUUGCUGACUUCAGGUUGCCUCGCCGUGUCUUGAGGGCCGGCUGUUGGAAGGAUGCGGUUGUGAAGUCUUUCAGGUUACGUCUGGACUUCUCUCGCGAGGCGGACCUCGAUCUCGAGGUCGCGCGCGCGGUGGUGGCCGCGAUCAUGGCUAGCCGGAGGGGCGCUGCUGCGCCCCCGCCGCAAGUGCUUCGGCCGCCUGCUCAGCGCGCGGGCCUACCCCGAGUCCAGUUCGCAAACCCUCUCCGCGGCAGGCUGGGGCAGGACCUCGAAGACAAGGCGAUGGAGAAUUGGAACUGUUUAGCUGGCAUGCGCGACUGUGCACGGGCUGUGCAAAGUAUGCCUGGCAUCCUGAAGGCAGGCGUCAUUGUGAACCAGCUGCUGGACAAGGUGAUUGCCUCAGAUGCCGCGCUGGUCCCAUCCGUCUCCGAGCUCCUGUCGGGCCGCAUGGGCGACGAUGCAUUGCAGCUCGCGAGCGCGCGGCUCGACGAGGCGCUUCGGCGACCCCGGGACUUGCUUGGCAGGGUUCUGGGUUGUUCUGACGUCGGCGCCGUCGACGGGGAGUUGUACUCCACUGGAAUACGUGCGCGGCUGCUGCACCGGUGGGCCGUGGUAGCCCGGGACCCGGGUGCAGGCGCGGCCACUUGGUGUUGGGAGGGCGCGCCGGCUGGAGUUACCAAUUUCCCCAGGGAGGUCGACGCAGUGUUCCCACGUUGCGCUGAGACCAGCGAGCGCGAUCGCCCCAGUUUCGGCGACGCAGCGUUCGCCGACGAUGCGGUGCACAGCAGGCCCGUCCAGCCGAACGACCACGCGGACACCGAGCUGGAGAAGUUCGUGCAGCAAGGCUUCCUGGGGCGGUUCAGGACGUUGGACGACCUUCGGAAGCACUUGGGUGCCGAGCCCGUCCUGUCGAGGUUCGUGGUCCUGGAGAAGACGCACAGGGUCGUGCUCCCUCGGGUCUCCGAUGCCGUGUCGGACGCGUUGUUCGUUUUGGCGGACAUCGUGGACGGCGAAAGCUUCGUGUGGCUGGUGCUUGACUUCUCCGACGCGUUCUGGAACAUCCCGCUGCGGGACGACGAGCGCCGGUACUUCGUGGGCACCUUCGGCGAGGACUUCUACCUCUUCUUGCGCGCGGCGCAGGGGUCUCGCAAUGGGCCUCUCACAUGGGCCGGCGUGGCGUCACUCGCAUUGCGCUUAUUGCAGGGUGUGCUCUGCGCGUGCGGGGCUCCUGCCAGCAGGCCCAGGGCGCGUCUGCAGCUCUACGUGGACGACCCGGUUCUGGCGAUGCGCGGCUCGGCGGCGCAGUUGGACGUCUUGGUGGCCAAGCUCGUCAUCGUCUGGCGUCUGCUGGGGUUUCCGCUGGCUUUCCGAAAAGCGGCGCGGGGGCCAGCCGUUGUCUGGAUCGGCGCCCACAUGGCCGCCGAGCGCGACCGGGUUGUCGUGUCCAUUCCCCAGGACAAAUUGGAUGACCUGCUGGCGUCCGUACGUGGAUUUCUGAGGGCGAACGUCAUUGCUGUGAAGGCGUUGCGUUCGUUCGCGGGCGUUGCAAGCCAUGUUGCUUCGCUCGUCCACGUGUGGAGGCCGUUCCUCUUCGAGAUCUGGGGUGCGCUCAAGAGCGCAGGCUCUGGCGAUAGCAAGGCGCCCCCGCGCUGCAUCUGGACGUCGCAGUGCCGCCCGGCCCUGCCCUGGAUCGAGGCUUCUUUGACGGGCAAGCAAGGCUCCAUUUGCACCACCUGCCGCCUCGACGCUUUCUUGAACCAGGGGGUUGCGAUUCGCAUCGUUGGAGACGCUUCUCCUUGGGGCUUCGGCUCCUUCAUUGUCGUUGACGGCGUCAUCAAGGGCCGGUAUGCUGCAAAAAUCUCGGAGGCAGAAGCUGCGGAAGCCGGCUAUCGCAUUGGCGACGCCGCCGGGCAGCAGUACUGGGAAGCGCUGAACUUGGUGGUCGCCCUCCGGAUUUGGAAGGCCGAGUGGAUGCAGAACAGGGUCAAGCUCGAAGUCCGCGCGGACAACGUUACAGCAUUGACGUUGGUGGCAUCUCUCAAGGCCAGCAGCCCAGCCUUGACGCGGCUCGCCCGCGAGUUGGCCCUCGAUUUGGGCGACGCGGCCUUCCGGCCAGACGUCGCGUCGCACGCGCCAGGAGUGGCGUCCGGCUGGGCUGACCGCCUGAGCCGCAUACAUCAGCCAGGCUACAAGGAGCGGGACAUUCCAUCCGCCCUGCCGCCGUUGCUCGAAGUCACGGUCCCCCCACGUGAAUCUUCCUUUUGGCGGCUGGGACUUCCAGCGCACUCCGCGGAGCAGCUUGGGAUUGGCGGGGAGUGCGGCAUGCAGUAUCAGUGA